AUGAAAUAUGCAGCUGUUCCAGGUUUUCUUGAUCUUCCAUGGGAUGACAGACUUUUGCAGCACGAAAAAUUCGUCCAUAAUGUUUCCAUGUUGAAUAAAUAUGAAGCUAGUUCUGUACAAGUUGUUAAGCCUAUCCAUACAGAGUCUUUAACUGCUUGGGAAAAAAUGGUUCUGUCAUCCCGAAGGAAUACAUUGCAACUAUGCAUCACCAUAGUCAAUUGUUAA